GGCAGACAUUUCGAAUAAAAUAAUUUAUUCAGUAGGGCUGACUUUCACGUUAGCAGCUACAUUUUUAUUUGUAUCGCCACUCAUGUAUGAUUUGGUACUAAGUAAUAUGUUAAAGCUCAGUCGCACAACUUCUCUUUUCAAAAUAUGGAAAGAUGGACCAUUGGUAUUACACCAGAAGUUAUACUUCUUCAAUAUCACAAACGCAGCUGAAUUCCUUGCAGGAGCGAAAAUGGAUGUCAAGGAAGUAGGACCUUUCACAUAUCGAUUAGAAUGGCAAAGACGAAAUCUGAGAUGGAAUACAGGUAACACUUUGUCAUAUACACGGUUCAAAUUAUUACAUUUUGUUCCAGAACUUUCAGUAGCAAAUGAAAAGGCAACUAUAUAUUCAUUAAAUAUACCUUUACUUACAUAUUCGAUAAAUGACAAGAAUAAGAAGAAGGAAGAUAAUCUGCAUCGUUAUAAUCAGACAUUAGUUACAAAGAUAACGGUAGACCAAUUCUUACAUCAUAUUCUUGAUGAUUCAUCCAUUGAAAAAGCGGAAAUGCUUUCAUGGAUAAGCAGACUAAAUGGUUCCAUAUCUGACAACUACACUGUUUUCACUGGAGAAGCUACUACUGAUGUUAACAUUGUGAAAAAAUGGGACGGUAAAUCAGAGUUAGGUUUCUGGAAGAAAGAAGCUUGCAAUAUGAUCAAUGGAAGCACCAUAGAUUUAAGGCCUUCUUUUUCCGGAAAUGGAAUUCUCACUAAUUAUUCUUUUUUCGAGCCUGAGCUGUGCCGCUCUUUGACUUUAACCCAACUAGAAACUAAAAUUUCUCAAGGCUUGUACACAAACAGAUUCGAAAUCUCAAAUAGACAGUUCUCGAAUGGUUCUGUUUAUAAACCUAAUUCAUGUUUUGACUCAGAUCACCAAUUUCCAUCCGGUGUUCUUGAUGUCAGUCGCUGUUAUCACGGGGCUCCUGUUCUUCUGUCACUUCCACACUUCUAUCUGGCGGAUAUGUCAUAUUUUCAACAAGUGUCCGGAUUGCAGCCAAAUAUUACAGCUCACACUUCAUAUGUAAUUGUUGAACCUAUCUCUGGAUUAACAAUAAACUUUGCCUUACGGUAUCAGUUCAAUGUGAAAGUACGGGGACCCCCAAACCAUACGGAUUUCAUCAGUACAUCUAAAAGAAUCUAUCCUGUGUUGUGGGUUGAAGUAUCUGGAUAUUCUUCAGAAGACUCAAUUAGCUUUUUGUUCAGAUUUGUAAAAGUUCCACUGUUUGUAAUGGACAGUGUGGUAUUUAAGAUGUGCUUUUUCGCAGUUUUUACAAUAACAGCGAUAUUUCUGCUUUGCUUCAUGCAAAAACGCCAAGAGCAAGAACAUUUUACAAACAGCAUACAUAGAUGUGUGUUAGACGAACGAUCGUUCUUAAUCUCAGAUCCAGUGAACACAUUCAGUACCUUUCCAGAUAUGGCAACAGUUGAACAAAUUACACCUGAUACUUCUGCUGUAUUCACGUAUGUAUAUUACUAG